AAUUCUAUGAGUUGUCUUGACCUGGUGGUAGAAGUGGGUACCAUUCCCCCAUCUCUCCCUUUCCAGGGGGCGGGCGGUGUUUGUCCGAGUGGCUCUUGGACAUCACACCUGUACUGAUUCCUCAUUAGGGUGACCCGAUAGCAAAUGUGAAAAAUCUGGACAGGGAGGGGGGUAAUAGGUGCCUAUAGCACAUCUGGUCAUCCUAUUCCUGAUGCUCUUUGGGGCUCUCCCCUGUGCUCCCUGUUAGUGGGGCGUUGUCAGGAGAUAGUGACUCUGUCCCAGUCUCUCUUCUGUGCUGCAGGCAGUGCAGUCAUUCCUUCAUACCCCCCAGUGUCCGCCUUCAGGUUUGUGGUCACUAACUAAGGUUGGUCAGAGUCUGCCUUAGUACCGAGGUGAUCUAACUCCUUGGCCUCGCAUGGUAGGUCUCUGCAGAGAUCUGGAGCCGGCCAGCUUGUCAGCUUCAAUUGUUUCAUCCCUUCCCAUCCAUCCAAUGAAAAGCAUCUGUUCUGGCACAGGAUCUCAGAUGCUUUGCAGUCAGCCCUCGUGAACCCUGCUGUGAAACACGGGAUUUUUAUCAGCUCCAUUUUCCAAUUGCAGAAAUUGAAGCACACAGGUUUGCCAAGGUCACUCAGAAGCACUGACAAAUCUGAGACUAGAACCUCAGAGUCCUGACGUUCUGUUUCAGUAACUAGACCACACUGCCCUAAGGAAUAAGCUGUCCAUCUGCCAACCCAUCAUGUCAGUUCCUAAACCAGCAAUCUUGUUGAAUGGAAACCUGCUGAAAUAAUCAAAUAACACGAUUUUGCAGGAUGCCUGGACCAGCCUGCUUCUCCUGUGAUUUCAAGGUGUUGUGUAUGGAGUUGGGAAUAAAAAGACACUAUUUUUGUCUGUGGUUAUCUUUCCUUAGGGAGCAGGCCCAGCUAAAGGCAAAUGUUAUUGAGGAGGACACUGAAGAAUGGCAGAAAGAUUCCACCUUUGCAGGACUGGAGAGAGUGGGAGGGGUGGAUCUGUCUUAUGUCAAAGGAAAUGACACAGUUGCCUGCGCUUCCCUGGUGGUUCUCAGCUACCCAGAUCUUGAGGUGCUAUAUGAGGAUUGCCAGAUGGUGACCGUGAGUGCCCCCUACCUGGCAGGAUACUUAGCUUUUCGAGAGGUCCCUUUCCUGGUGGAAGCUGCUCAGAGACUUCAGGAGCGAGAGCCUGGGCUCAGGCCUCAGGUGCUGCUUGUAGAUGGGAAUGGCGUGCUCCAUCAUAGAGCAGGGUUUGGUGUGGCCUGCCACCUGGGGGUGCUGACAGGCCUGCCCUGUAUUGGUGUGGCCAAAAACCUCCUGCAAGUCGAUGGCCUGGCCAAGGAUGAGCAGCACAAGGGGCAGAUCCGCGACCUGCAGCUGGGAGGAGAUGUAUUCCCUCUGAGGGGCACCUCCGGGAGAGUCCUGGGCAUGGCCCUGCGCAGCUACGAUAAGAGCACAAAGCCCAUCUACGUCUCCGUGGGCCACAGGACGUGCUUGGAGUCGGCGGUGCGCCUCGUCCAGUCCUGCUGUAGGUACCGGAUCCCAGAGCCCAUCCGACAGGCUGACAUCAGAUCCAGAGAGUACAUCCGGAAGCACCUGUCCUCCCCACUGGGGGGCACAUCUCCUGGGCCAGGGAGGAAGGAAGAGGCUGAGCCCAAGCAUUAAUUUGGCCCCAGGAAGACACUGCCCAGCCCCAGUGUGAACUUGAGCCUUCCACCCCCUCUGGGAUCAGAGCUCCAAGAAGUCUCUACAGGGCAGCGUGGCUCACCGUCCACACCAGGAACUCAGGGUACUUCGUGGGGUGAAAAGCCAGGAUAACCAGAGAUUAACCAGGAGCUUCCCCCUGGGCUCUGCUAAUGGGGCAGGAGCCCCAGCCCCUGAUGGUUUAUAAAUUCUAGAGAAUAUUUUAUAUUCCAAUUUUGAAACCACACACUGUAAAAAUAAAUUUUCACCAGUGCUCGUACACUAACAAAGCAGUGUUUGGGAGUCAAGGGAGGGAUUAUUUGCAGCAAGACUGUGAGAAUUCACUUUGGGUGGUUUCUUAACAAACGAGUUAAAAACAGCAUGAAGCUCCCAGUUUGACACUGGCUUCUUGCCAAUCCCUUUAGUGACACAAUCUCAUGGACUUCCUGCUCCCCAACCUCCUUUUACCCUUUCCUCCCCCCUUCUCCAGCCUGGGUGUUUGUGUCACUUCACACAUCUCAGGGGAACAGAAGCCCAAUAACUAGUAGCUGCUGGUCCUGACAGACGGGCAGAGGACUCUGUGUUUUGGGUGGGCGUGUAACUCACAAGGGAGGUGCGGGAGCCAGCAAUCUGCUGCAUGGUUUGGAGGAGGGGAGCUGCUAGGCUCUAAGUCCUGAAUUUGGAUCCCUGGGAAGCAAACAGUCUCUCUGGUACACAGGUUGUGCAGUCCUUGGUCCAUCAGGUCUCAAUGGCUGCUGCUCUGCCUGCUGUCAGUUACCGAA